AUGACUUCGAACAACAGUAAGACGUGCUUCGUCACCAUCGGCGCGACUGCCUCCUUCGCUGGCCUCGUCAAAGACGUGCUUUCCAAGCCAUUCUUCCAAGCUCUGGAGGCACAAGGAUACACUGAUCUGCUUGUGCAGUAUGGCCAAGAUGGUCAAGAGCUCUUCGACUCUUGCUUGACAGUUGCUAAGAAUACGGAAAGUGGGAGUGUGAUCGAUGUGACAGGCUUCGCGUUGGAUAAGCAAGGCUUGGGAAAGUACAUGGCACAGGCCAAAGGAGCCAGGACCGGAGGCCAUGAAGGAGUUGUGAUAAGCCACGCCGGCUCUGGCACGAUCCUCGACGCCCUCAGAAUAUCUGUCCCGUUGAUCGUGGUACCAAACGAAGAGCUCUUGGAUAACCACCAGGUCGAGCUUGCGGAGGCUCUAGCUGAACAGGAGUACGUCGUACAUGGCAGACUUGGGCAGCUCGCAAAGGCACUUGAUGAUGCAGAGCAGCUACGAAAGAGGUCGAGAGAGUGGCCACCACCCAACAGUGGUUACCACAGGCAGUACAAGAGCUUGAAGACGGUCAUCGAUGAUGAGAUGGGCUUCUUGGACUGA